AUGCUAUCUAAUACUGCACAGUAUGGAUUGUAUUUGGCCUUUCUUAUUCCAGCUAUUUUAUGUUCAUUAUUUGUUUUGUAUUAUUUGUUGUUCGAUCGAGCAUUACGUCAGGCUUUGAGCAAUCAUGUCAUUAUUGUUCUUGCUCUGAUUGCUUUCAUACAACAAAUGACAAUAUAUCCAGGCAUAGUAUAUUUUUAUAGUCGGAAUGGUAUAUGGGAAAGACCAUUGAUCUUUUGUGAAAUUUGGGGACUUUUAGAUUGGGGACUAUAUAUUGUACAAACAAUGGUUUUUGCUUGGGCAACAGUCGAAAGACAUAUUCUUAUAUUUCACGACAAAUGGGUAUCAACAAAGAAAAAACGUUUCUUUGUUCAUUAUUUUCCUCUCAUUUUUCUGCUAGUUUACUGUUUCAGCUUGUAUUCGAUGAUCUAUUUCUAUCCACCUUGCGAAAAUUCUCUCCUUGAUGGUUAUCCUCUUUGUGUUGUGGCGUGUUUUCAAAUUUAA